AUGAGGCUCACUGUAUUAUUUCAUCUACUGCUCCUCCUGCCAAUGUUCUCAGCCUAUAUUUACCAAAAUGUGGCUUUACGGGGCAAAGCUACACAGUCUUCUCAAUUGAAAGGAGACAAUCAUGGUUAUGUGGGUGCCUACAAUGCUAUUGAUGGAAACCGAAAUUCUGAUCUUAAAAAAGGAUCAUGCACCCACACUGAUGCUGAAAAUAACCCCUGGUGGAGAGUAGAUCUGCUGGAUUCAUACAUUGUCACCGAGGUCAUCAUCACCAACAGAGGAGACUGCUGUGAAGAUCGUAUAGAUGGUGCAGAGAUUCGCAUCGGAAAGUCCUCGCAAGACCAUGGCUUUGCAAACCCCGUGGUUGGUACAAUUUCCACUAUUGCAGCUGGAAGUUCUUACACAAUAAAUAUGACUAAUCAUGUGGAAGGUCGUUAUGUGACGGUAAUAUUACCUGGUUUGAACAAGUAUCUAACACUGUGUGAAGUGGAGGUCUACGGGUACCGUUCUCCAACUGAAAAUGUGGCUUUACGGGGCAAAGCUACACAGUCCUCCUACUCUACAGGAGACAAUCAAGGUUAUGUGGGUGCCUACAAUGCUAUUGAUGGAAACCGCAAUGCUGAUCUUAAAAAAGGAUCAUGCACCCACACUGACGCUGAAAAUAAUCCCUGGUGGAGAGUAGAUCUGCUGGAUUCAUACAUUGUCACCCAGGUCAUCAUCACCAACAGAGGAGACUGCUGUGAAGAUUAUAUCAACGGUGCAGAGAUUCGCAUCGGAAAGUCUUUACGAGACCAUGGCUCAGCAAACCCCGUGGUUGCUACAAUUUCCACUAUUGCAGCUGGAAGUUCUUACACAAUAAAUAUGACUAAUCAUGUGGAAGGUCGUUAUGUGAUGGUAAUAUUACCUGGUUUGAACAAGUAUCUAACACUGUGUGAAGUUGAGGUCUACGGGUACCGUUCCCCAACUGAAGAAAAUGUUGCAGUUUAUGGAAAAGCCUCGCAGUCAACAGUUUAUCCUGCAGCCAUUGCCUACAAUGCUAUAGACGGGAACCGUGAAGCUCGCUUUGACUUUGGUUCCUGCAGUGCCACAAAUAAUGACUUUAACCCCUGGUGGAGACUGGACCUGGGGAGAACCCAUAAAGUGUUCUCUAUUAGCAUAACCAACCGGUUAGAAGUUCACACUCGAAUUAAUGGAGCUGAAAUUCGUAUUGGAAAUUCACUUGUUAACAAUGGAAAUAACAAUCCCAGAUGUGCUGUGAUCUCAACCAUCUCACCUGGUUUUACUGAAACCUUUCAGUGCAAUGGCAUGGAUGGUCGAUUCAUCAAUGUUGUCAUACCUGGACGAAAUGAGUAUCUCACUCUUUGUGAGGUGGAGGUGUAUGCAUCUAGACUAGAUUAAA